GAAAGGGGACAGCUGUAUUCUGCACCAACAACAUACACAAUUACAUCGACGGCCUAUGGAGUAGAGCAGAAAGCCCCGCAGCAAAACGUCUGCAAACGGCAAUCGAUAACAUUUUACCAGUGCACAAGCACAAGAAGAAGCCCAUUUUAAUUUGUAACAGGAGGGUUUUUAAACGGGCAAAUGUGGAUCAUUCCAGAGGAGGUUUUACUGGCGAACGCGCUCUGGGUUAGCGAGAGGGCGAACCCCUUCUUUAUUCUCCAGCGAAGAAAAGGACAUGGAAAAGGAGGGGGUAUCACCGGCCUGCUGGUGGGCACCCUGGAUGUGGUGCUGGACUCCAGUGCGAGAGUUGCCCCCUACAGGAUUCUUCAUCAAACGCAGGAUUCGCAGAUCUACUGGAGCAUUGCCUGUGGUUCCUCUCGAAAGGAGAUCACAGAGCACUGGGAUUGGCUGGAAGCAAACCUGCUGCAGACUCUGUCCAUCUUCGACAAUGAGGAGGACAUCACCACCUUCGUCAAGGGCAAGAUCCAGGGCAUUAUUGCCGAGGAGAACAAGAAUAAGGAGGUUCCCGAGGACGAGGAUUGUGGUAAGUUCCGUGAGGCGGAGCUGAAGAUGCGGAAGCUGUUUGGAAUGCCGGACGAGGAGAAACUGGUGAAUUACUACUCCUGCAGCUACUGGAAGGGGCGGGUCCCUCGCCAGGGCUGGGUCUACCUGAGUGUCAAUCACCUCUGCUUCUACUCCUUCCUGCUGGGAAAGGAAGUGACGCUGGUCAUCCAGUGGACAGACGUGACUCAGCUUGAGAAGAACGCCACACUGCUGUUCCCAGAGAGCAUCCGAGUGAGCACGCGGGACACCGAGGACUUCUUCUCCAUGUUCCUCAACAUCAACGAGACCUUCAAGCUGAUGGAGCAGCUCGCCAACAUCGCCAUGCGGCAGCUACUUGACAACGAGGCCUUUUCCGCUGACCGCUCUCUGCCCAAGCCGCGCAAGGCACACAAAAACAUCUCAACACUAAAGAGGGACCUGGAUGCCAGAGCGAAGAACGAGAGUUACCGGGCCACCUUCAGGCUGCCCCAGAGCGAGAAGCUGGACGGACACACUGACUGCACCCUUUGGACUCCCUUCAACAAGAUGCACAUCGUGGGACAGAUGUUCGUCUCCAACAACUACAUCUGUUUCUCUAGCAAGGGGGAAGACCUGUGUCACCUCAUCAUCCCACUCCGAGAGGUGUCAGUAGUGGAGAAGGCUGACAGCUCUAGUGUCCUGCCCAGCCCUCUGUCCAUCAGCACAAAGAACAAGAUGACCUUCCUGUUUGCCAAUCUGAAGGACCGGGACUUCCUGGUCCAGAGAAUCUCUGACUUCCUGCAGCGCACCCCAGACAAGCAACAGCAUAAUAGUAAAGAACAGCAGGACCCCUCCAGCCCCGUAUUCACAGCCUCUAGCAGCCCCUGCUCUUCCCUGGAGAGACAGCCUGCCCAGUACUACAGCCCUGACCUGGCCACCGCUAACCAGGGCCUGCUGAGCAUCUUCAAGAGGGACGCCCCCGAGGAGCUUGGGCCCAAGGCGGCGAAGGAGAAGAUGAAGGAGGAGUCGUGGAAUAUUCACUUCUUUGAGUUUGGCCGAGGUGUGUGCAUGUAUCGCACAUCCAGGACCCGGGACCUAGUGCUAAAUGGCAUUCCAGAGAGCUUGCGUGGGGAGCUGUGGCUUCUCUUCUCAGGUGGCCUGAACGACAUGGCGAUGAACCCUGGGUAUUAUGCAGAUCUGGUGGAGCAGUCGAUGGGCCGGUGCACUCUGGCCACGGAGGAGAUUGAGAGGGACCUGCACCGCUCCAUGCCUGAGCACCGCGCCUUCCAGAACGAGAUGGGCAUUGCUGCUCUGCGCCGCGUCCUCACCGCCUACGCCUAUCGCAACCCAGGCAUCGGCUACUGCCAGGCUAUGAACAUUGUCACUUCGGUUCUGCUGCUGUACUGCACUGAGGAGGAGGCCUUCUGGCUGCUGGUGGCUCUGUGUGAGAGGAUGCUGCCGGAUUACUACAACACCCGGGUGGUGGGUGCCCUGGUGGAUCAGGGGGUGUUCGAGGAGCUGACGCGGGCGUGCCUGCCCCUGCUCUAUGAGCGCAUGCAGGAGCUGGGGGUCAUCUCCACCAUCUCGCUGUCCUGGUUCCUCACCCUCUUCCUCAGCGUCAUGCCCUUCGAGAGUGCAGUGCUGGUGGUCGACUGCUUCUUCUACGAGGGCAUCAAGCUCAUCUUCCAGGUGUCCCUGGCUGUGCUGCACGCCAACAUGGAUCAGCUGCUGGGCUGCAGCGACGAGGGAGAGGCCAUGACCAUCCUGGGCAGGUACCUGGACAAUGUUGUUAACAAGCAGACCGUGUCGCCACCCAUCCCUCACCUCCAUGCAUUACUGACCAGUGGAGAUGAACCCCCUCCUGAAAUAGAUGUCUUUGAACUCAUAAAGACAUCCUACGAGAAGUUUGGCAGCCUGCGUUCAGACGUGAUUGAGCAGAUGAGGUUUAAACAGAGACUGAAAGUGAUCCAGUCACUGGAGGACACAGCCAAGAGGAGUGUGGUGCGCUCCAUCAUGACUGACUCUGCCUUCACCAUUGAGGAGCUGGAGGAGCUCUAUGUGCUUUUCAAGGCGCAGCACAUAAUGACUUGCUACUGGGGAUCGAGCUCCAGUGCCUCGGAGCACCAUGACCCCAGCCUGCCCUACCUGGAGCAGUAUCGCAUCGACCUGGGUCAGUUCAGCCAGCUGUUCGGAGCACUGACCCCCUGGGGCUGUGGGGUGCACACCCCCGUCCUCGCUGCGCGCCUCUUCCGCCUGCUCGAUCACAACAAGGACAGCCUCAUCAACUUCAAGGAGUUCGUCACCGGCCUCAGUGGGAUGUACCACGGAGAUCUGACUGAGAAAUUAAAGAUGCUUUACAAACUUCACCUGCCUCCAGCUCUGUGUCCAGAGGAAGCGGAGUCAGCACUGGAAGCCACUCAGUACUUCACAGAUGACCCCAGUCCACAAGAGACUCCUUUCAUCUCUGACCUGGACUUCCUGCUUCAGGAAGGGAGCUCAGCAACAAAUCCGCUGGCUGCAGAAGCUAGAGACGGAACAAGGAAUGAUAACAUACAGAAGAAAGAGGAGAAGGUCCAGGAUUACCGGUAUUACCUUCGCAUGUGGGCCAAAGAGAAGGAGCAAAAAAAAGAGACCAUCAAAGACCUGCCCAAAAUGAACCAGGAGCAGUUCAUUGAGCUCUGUAAAACCCUGUACAACAUGUUUAGCCAAGACCCUUCUGAGCAGGAGCUAUAUCACUCCAUCGCAACAGUGGCAAGCCUUCUUCUGAGAAUCGGAGAGGUUGGCAAGAAGUUCACAAACCACACCCCAAAGAAGCCAGAGAACAACGACAGAACACAGCCUGCUUCUCUUGAACUGCCUACUCUAGAGAAGGAGCUCUCUACUAGUAUGCAAGAGGAAAGCAAGGGAGGGAAUUCAGACAAGGUCCAGGCUCCCGAGGUCCCAGUAGAGCUCUCAGAGAGCCCUCAGCCUCCCACAUCGGAUGAGGAAGCCAAAGACGAGACUUCAGUUUCUUCUUUCUCAAUCGUGAGUGCUAGCUCCCUGCAGUGUGAGGACAUCGCUGAGGACACGGUCCUGAUUGGCUGUGGAGAGCAGCAAACGUGCAGCACCCUGGAUGCUGAUUGGUCCAUCUCCUUCGAGCAGAUCCUGGCCUCCAUUCUAACUGAGACACCCCUGGUCGACUUCUUUGAGAAACGGAAAGACAUCCGUAUCAAGAUAGCAGACUGCAAGAGCCAAAGGACCAUUGAGAGGCAGGUCAGCUCCUCCAGCGACUGCGAGCUCUCGCUGCUUUCGGGGUGAAUGCCCCACCUGAGGUGGAAUGAAGGGAAAUCCCAGAAGCGAUCUUUGACACUUGACCCCAGGCUCCAAAGCACCCUCACUUGCUCUUAAUAAAAAAAUAAAAAAAAACUCCUCCAGGCUCGCGUCCAGGGCUAGGUUUAUGAUUGGUUAAUGCUCGCCUUGCAGCAGGCAUCAGCUUUCAGCCUCACAUGUUGGUUUCAGGCACACUUAAUUUUUAAUUUAAAAAUAUCUAUACAAAUACCUAUCUUUUGCAAUGUUAGUUUGUUUGAAGUAUACGUUACGUAAGUGUGUAUAUAUGUAUCUAAACAUGUGUCUGUAUACACAUGCACUUUAAUUCUCUCCAUACUUGUCAUAAAGCAUUAAGAAUGUGUGUAUGGAUAGUUAUACAUAUAUACAAAUAUUAUCCAACACUUUUACAGCCUGUCAGAAGGAAAAAUCCUUUGCUGCCUGAUAAGGUGAAGAAUAUGUGAGUCUGUGCAUGUGGCAUUUGAAUGCAUUAAUAAUAGUGUAUCUAAAGUACACACAAAGUAUAAACAGUACAGAAGAGAGAACAGAAUUCCAUGGGAGUCAACAUUACCGAUUUUAUAAUUUUGGGUUUGCACAGCGGCAUCAAGGUGAUUUUUCUGUAUUUGUUCAGAUCAGCAUCCUUAAUGCAGCAGGUAAAUAAUGCAGUGUUUUUAUAGUGGUUCAUUUCAACUGAAUACAUAAAAAAAAAAAAAAAAAAAAAAAAAAACACCAAAUGAAAUGGGGGGGGUUUAAAUUUUCUAUGUCUUUUUUUUUUCUGCUCAGUUGGGUGUACAGCGUUUGCAUUAAAUCCCACCUCAUAAUUGUGAACAGUUAUGGCGUUUGCCAGUUCAAUUGCAUGUUUCUGACCAUUCAGCACUAUUGACUCCGCCUGCUGUAAUUGUAUAUUAUAACUCAUGGAACAAGAUUCAGCCGUUCUAAGUUCCUAUCAUUUUGACAAUACUGUUUUCACACACAUCCAGUUCUGUCAUAAUUGAUAAGCUUGACACGGUCUCGUUGACAGACGAAAGGCAUUAUGACUUAUCCUGGCAAAUCAACCAAUUAGCCUCGUGGUCCUGAUGAUUUACAGUGUAACAGUGUCUAUAACAGUGUUGUUGUGUCAAGUUAUACUGGUGAGCUUUUGCUCAUCAGUAAUAGGCAGAAAAUGUUAAACUGUAUUUAAAGCUAUUCUGUAAUGUUCUAAUUGUUUUCAGUGUAGUUUACACAUUUACUUAAUGGUCACAGUCCUGUUUUGUGCUAUUUGUACCUAGAAAUGACCCCAUGGUUGAAUGGUUGAUAUGACACUAAUAAUUAAAGUCCAAUGCAAGCCACUUUUACAGUAGGACAGUAGGAGUAUAGAUAUAGUUGUACAAUACCACAUGGUAAGAUCAUAAGAAAUCAAUUCUAUUGUGGAAUUUGUCUGUUUUGAAGCAUGGUUUGUUUUCUAAUAUUAAAUACGCUGGAGCACAGUGGUAUACAUAUUCUUAUAGUACAGCUUUCAGUAAAUGGUCUGCCAGUGCAACAUGCUGUCCUUUUUAAAUGAGAAAGCACUGUUCAGCUUUAGAAUAAAAAAAAAAAAAAAAGGGUAAAUAAGUGCAUGUGCUCUUGGCUUCUUCUCAGACCAUUUCUACUUAUCAGGGCACGUGCUGGCUACUCGCAUGUCAGAGACAAUUUGGUCAGCUUGCAAACCAGCCUGGGUAAUGGCUUCUGAUAGUGCAGUUUGCAAAGAUGACUUCUGACAGAUGCCUCCUUCUCUUGUGAAUGCAGGCCUUCUGUCUUGUGUCUUUUUAGUUAAAGUGCUUUGCUAGGGGCUUGCUCACUACACGCGUGUACCAGUGCUGUGUGUAACUGUUGUUUAAGUAAUGUGCAGUGACUAAGUGCAUGCAUUUUAGAUAAAGGAUAUAUUGUUUUAGCUCCACAGAAUACUAAUAGUACUGCACAGGUUGUUUGGCAAUGUAUUUAAAGGUAGCCUACAUCACUCUACUCCUGAAUUUGUAUCAGCUGCUUUGUCAGUUUAAACAUCUGUACAGUACACGUGUCACGCUAGCAGUUCUCAUGUUUUAAGGUGGGGAGAGCUAUUUCAAUGUUUCAACUCUGCAUUGCAUUUCCAAUGCUGUUGCUUUUCAAAUAGACAUAAGUACUUUAAAAGCAGGAGAUCUGAGAUCUUUGCAUUGGUGUUGUGAAAUGUUUCUUCGUUAUAGUUUUUGUAUGUUUUUUCUCUUAUUAUUAUUAUUAUUAUUAACUUGUUUUGCUCUGUAUCUUGAACACAUGUCAUACCCGUUGACCAAUUUGCUGUCUCUUUUUGUUGUUCCACAAAUGGUGAAAAAUUUAGCCAGAACUGGGAGAUCUUUAUCAUCGUGUCAUAAUGAAUUUAUUUUUUGUAACCUAAAAACAUGUUAACUGUAGUCUUGCGAAUAAGCUGUGCAUUGUGGCUGUAUUUUUUAAAUAAUGCAUAUCUGCCUGAAUGGGUUUUCAAUAGGGUGAUUGGGUUUCAUCCCACUGAUAAACCAAAUCUAUCUAUUUGUUUUAAGAAAAUGUAACAGAUCUGUUGCAGGUCCGUUUUAUUAAUUUUUAAACAAGCAGCUUAGAAAUGUAAGGAUGAUCUUGUCCGCUAAUGAGUUUGCAGCUUUGGAUUAAUAGCGGUGUAAGACGUACAAUAUUCAUAACCAUAUAGCCUCUAUGUGGGAGGUGUAAAGGUGCAGUGCCUCACAUGACUGAACCAGUAGAAGAAGUCUCUUAGACCAUGUUGAAAAUCCCAACUUUUGUUAAAUGUUCAGCAAACAGAAAUCUUAUCUUUGUUUACAGCUUUGUUUACCCAGCACAGCUGCUGCCGACCUUUAUCAUGUGACUGUUUAGAUUACAGUGACCAAAUGUCAAAAAGGCUUUUAUUUUUACCGCUGGAAGUAGCUUUAAAAAGCUUUAAAAGCCAGCGGUAUCUUGUUACAGUUCACAGGAGGGCAAGUUUAUGGAAGAAAAAACAAGUGUCAUCUUUAAUUGUAAAAACUGAUUGUGGGACAUUGCAGCUUUAACGUAGUUCAAAGUUACGUUGAAGAACUUCAUGUUUGUCAAUUCAUUUAUUACUUUUAUUGUAUCUAAAUUUAUACUCUUGCGUGCUUAACAGUUAUGGAUGCCAUUAGAAUCCAAAAUGAAAGCGACCAACCUGUUUUACUAAUGUAUGACAGUUCUGCUUAAAUACUCCGUCAGGCACAAGAGUUAGAUCAGAACUGUAUGUAAUCAAGGAGUGAAAGACGACCAAGACAAACUGCAGUACUUUCAUUCUUUUAUCAACCAGGUUUGCAAGCUUUAUUAUGGCCAGAAAGCAACAUACUGUAGCAUGGUGCUACAUGGGUUUGUUCCUGCUCUUAAAUAAAAAUGCUGCUCAAUAAUGAGUGAUCAAAGGCAAAAUAUGGAUUAUAAAAUAACACAUUUCUGUUAUAGGGUAGUGGUGGUGGUGAUGUAUUGUUUAUUUCUUUUUAAAGCUUUGCUAGAACCAUCCAAGUAUUUAAGGUAUUCCUUUUAUGAAUACUGCUAUCACAGUUUAUGUAACCUGUCACUGCUGAACCAUCUCUUUAUUACUAAAACAACCAAUUUAUUAUUUAUUUACAACCUGUUGUUCAGUGCUCAACUGAGGUUUUUAAUUAUCUGUAUCUGCUGUAUGGCAAUGAUAUCUAUGAUCCGUUAUAAAAUAAAAUAAAGAAUACUGAUUUAAAAAUG